GCUGGUGUAUGGCUCGGUGGAAGUGGUUGUCUAACUAACAAGGACCUUGGGUUCUAUCCCUAGCACCACCAAAACAAGAGCAAAAUCCAUGCGUAUGUAUCUGUAUAAAAUUAUAUGAGAAUGAAGAAAAGAAUAGAUACACACACACAGCUAAGAACAUAAGGGACUCACCUAACCAGGGAAAAGGUAGCAAAGUCCCAGGAAGGGAGGAGGAGGCCAGGAACCAGCCUGUCCUCACCAGGACAGUUGGACUCAGUGACGCCCAUGGGGACCUUGGGAAGCCAGACAAGGGUCGGAGUGUUGGCGAAAAAGAAAGCUCUCUGGACAGUGACAAGGACCUGGACAUGGCCAUCAAGGACUUGUUGAGAUCCAAGCAAAAGGUCAAAAAGAGGUGCAGGGACCCUCGGGCUGCAGGCAAGAAGAAAGUCAGGUUUAGCACCACUGAGACACGGUUCGUGGGCAGACUUGGCAGCCUCCCAAGAGACUGGGUUGAUCGAGGCCCACCAGUGCUGAGGAGCUGCCUAUCCAAGUCCAGAAGCAAUAGCAGGGUUGGCCCGGGAAGAAAACCACCAGGCAUCUUCAACAACAUAGCAGAGAGAACGAAACCAGGGGGCGAAGAUGCACCCCAAGCUUUCCAGUCAAAGAGGAAAGCCCCCAAAGAGACACUGUUCUCCAAGGACACAGGAGCCUGCAGCCAGCCACCUUCAGCCCCCAACCUCAGCUCCCUGUCUGAGGACAGCUCAGUGGACAGUGAUCUCCAGCACUGAACUGAAGAUCAGGAAGUUUUUGGCAGAAAAGGCCAAGGAAUCUGUGAGCAGUUCAGAAGUUCAAACAGGGGAUCCCACUGCUCUCGGACCAGGAGCUCCAGCUAGGCCAGAGGUGCUGGGCAAGAAAGAGCCAGUACUGCGGUCCGGUGUGUACACACGGAGCCAGAGGACCAGGGGGGUCCCUCAGCUGACUGAAGGAGCAUGGGGCACAGAGAGAACUGGGCAACAGGACACAGCCAGCCUGUCUGCCCAGGGCGGAAAGGGCGCCCCCCACCCCGAGCACAUCACCCGCCUCCCAGCUGCUCUGGGCAGAUGUGAACCAGCACUACCCAAGAGCACCAGUGGAAACAUCUCUGCCAAAGCUUCUCCAGCAAGUAGGAAAAAUAUUUACAUUCACAAAGACCAGAGCCCGCGAGGUGCCGAGCGUGCCACUGCACAAAGUGCUUUGGCCAACUGCCCAACUGUGCCAAAGUGGGCACCGAGGCUGGAGGUGCUGGGGGGAUCUUUCAGGUGAACUAUGGGAGCCGGACCUUUCUGACCUCACCCUACCCUGGAGCAAUUUUGCGCACCAGAGCAGGCUGCCCACCCCAUGGGCACUGAACUCAGAAGGUCUAGGCUCGGUGUGGACAGGGGGUCUUGGGGACGAGAGAGAGCAGGGUUCUGAGGGACGGGCCAGGGUCCUGCCCAGCCUUACUGCGGGCCCCAGGAAGAACCUGCCCUUCUCAGGCUUCUCACCCCUGCUCUCCACCCAGUUGUUCCACUUUGGAAAGAAUGCUUCAUGGGGGGAGGUGAGCAGGCUGGCUUCUUUAGUCCCCACCUAGGCCUGCCUCUGCAGGGCCCAGCCUUCUCGGCCUGCAGGGCCCAGCCUUCUCGGCCUUCAGGGAGACCCAGGCUGGCCACAGCCCUGUGUUUGGAAGCCCAGAUGUGCUCAUGAGGAAGGACAGUGGGCACUGGCCAAACAAGAAGACACAGGGGGGUCUCGGUCUGCACAAUAGAAGGAGCUAGGGUUCUGAGGAAAACAUCCUGGACCUGAGGUAUCAACAUAGCACCAUGGAAAGAGACGACCAGGACCAAGAGGCUUUGGAUAGUGACGCCAGUGAAUUUAGCAACACCUCUGUGGAGGACAGUGGUGGCAGCGCAGUGGUGAAAGGCAAAGUCCUCAAGUUGUGACAGGUGUCCUGGUCCUUGAUGCAUCCGUGGGAAGCAGUGUAUGUGUGCACAUGACUGCAUUUUUCCACCUGUCUGCAUGUCAAUGGAGGAUACUGGUUAAAGAGCAAAAACCAGGUCCCUUCUGCAUACCCUGUAUAUAUGAAGCAACGUUUUUAUUUAACAGAUGUGUCCUGGUAAAUACGGUUUUUGUAGCUUUUGUAAAGUAUUUAAAGUGCUGUAAAAAAUAUUUUUGGAAAAUACUGUCAUUGGAUUUUGUAGGGUGUUCCUAACUACAGUUUUCUGUGGUCUGCAUACCAGCAGAUUAGCGAACAUUUGGUUCUUUCUUUCCCAGCUAGGGUCAAAGACUCAGGCCGGUCCUCUGGCCACUUAGUGUUAUAGACGGUGAGGCCUGGAGGAGGCGGCAGCUGCCCUCCCCCAGAAGCAUGAAGAUGCCCAGGUGUGUCGGGACGCCGCUGGGACAGCCCAUUUUACAAAGGACCCCACAUCCCUGCAUCUUCUGAGGACUGUAGUCACAGCCUGCGAUUAGAAAAACACAAUGGCCAGCUGGUUGGUCACCCCUGGCAAGUGUGAAAGUCCAGCUUAGCCCUGAGCGGUCAUUCAGGGUCCAGUCCUGUCUGGUCUCUAGACAUUUCUAAGAUCUAAGCAACCUUCUUUGUGUGAGAGUUCACUGAUCUUCUAAAAGGUGACAUCUCCUGUGUUUUUUGCCAUCCUGUUCUUGAUUUGUGCAUAUGCAUAGUGCAGCCAUGAGGGUGGUUUCGUCCACAAACACACCUUGGUCACCCAUGAUGGCAAACCCAGCAGUAGGACAGGCCUUUCUCACACCUGCCCUGCAGGACCUGGUCAGGCAUGACCAACCAAGCCAGCCCUCCGCAUGGCCUUCUGUGGCCUGCCUCUUGGGGCAGAACCAGGGGCCUUGCUGGCGCCUCCGCUUGGUUGCAGGCAGUAGCCUCUGGUCCUUGCAGUGGGGCCAGGUGAUACUGCCUUGGCAUCAUGCCCGUGGCUACUGUGGGGACAGAGCCGUGAUGGACAUGGAGGGUCAAAACGUCUGUAUUGUGACUGUCUCCCAGUCACUCCAAGUUUUGCAACUCAGCAUUCUGGUUUAGCUGUGACACAGAGUCUACUGUAGCUGACUUUUGUUGGUACUAUAACAUGGAAUUUCCUACACCUUGUGCACCUGGAUCUUAAUAGUAGUUCACUUCUGUGCCCAAAUGCAGACGUGUGUCCCCCAUAUCCACAGUGCGCAUCUGCGGUCGGAGCUGUGAGGAGUGCACACCACAGUCCUGUGCUGUCCUCAGCCGUUUCGACAAAUGUGUGGCACAUUCGUUCACUUCCGUGCUUCUGUGAGAGACCGCUCUGUGUGACCAGUGCUCCCUACUUUAAUUUUUUAAAGAGUGCUUUUAACCCUUGAAGACAAAAUCCAUCUUGUUUUGUAUAUGAGAAUUGCUUUUUUUUUUAAUGAAUA